AUGCUUUUCACCGACGAAGAGUUGGAGGUUAGCCUCCGCCCAGGCCAGACUGCUGCUGAGUAUGAGCUUCUGCGAGCUCAAGUCGAAACGAUCCGAGACUAUCUAGAGGCUCUUCAACUUCCGACAAGCCAGCAGCUCCUACAGCACGCAGCUACCACUGCACAUGAGGAUAAUCCUCAUGACCAUGAGUGUGGCAUCAAAUGCCUGAUUGAGUCGCGAGGCACAACAACACCUGCCUCUUCAGUCCGCUCAGCAGCCGACCGCUUCCACCCCUACAUUCCGCCAUCGAACUACGGCGCAGUCUUGCCUGGCUUGAUCUACCGUAGCAGCUAUCCCGAGCAAAAGAACUACGAGUUCAUCAAGGAUCUCAAGAUCAAGAGCAUCCUGACUCUAGUUCCCGAGCCCAUCUCUGCGGAGUACCAGGACUUCAUGGACAAAUCUGGCAUCCAGCACUUUCAGGUCCACAUCAAGGCCAACAAGGGCGAGGUCCGCGUCGAAUCGUGUGAAAUGUCGCGGGCGCUGCGUCUGAUCAUGGAUCGCACCAACCAUCCUAUCCUCAUCCACUGCAACAAGGGCAAGCACCGCACUGGUUGCACAGUUGCAUGCUUCAGGAGGAUCAUCGGAGCUGACUUCACUACUAUUGUGGACGAAUAUCAUACCUACGCUGGCCUGAAGGCUCGCUUGAUGGACGAGGUCUUCUUCGAGAACUUCGACCUCAACAACGUCAUGUGGUUCGCACGUCAAGAAGGCUGGGUUGCGCCCGCUGUCAACCUGGCUCCACCAUCACCUCCAAUGUCCACCAAGUCUUCUUCGCUGGCCGUAAAAGCACCAGCAUAG